AUGGAUGGCGAGGUAUUAAUUACAUUAGUACAAAAUUACGAAGAACUAUACAAUCUAAAACAUUCGCAGUAUUCCAACCAACAGCGAAGGGAUAAUAUAUGGGAGGAGAUAGGAAACAUCAUGAAAUUGCCAAGUAAAAUGUGUCGCGAACGAUGGGCUCGAAUACGUGAAAAUCACCGCAGAGCUUUAAACUUGCGUAAAACCAAAAGUGGGCAAGCCUCAAAGAAAAUGAAAACGCCAAAGUUUGAUCAACAGUUGACAUUUUUGGUGCCAUAUCUUUUUGACGAAGAAAGCAGGCACUCAAAUAUCUCUAAACCUUCGAGUAAAGCUUCACCAAGCACUGCAGGUAGUGAAGUAGAAGAAAGUAAUCACGUUGAAGAGGAUUACAGUCAACCAGUAAACAAGGACACAUCGCUUCCUCCGGUGACUUCUGCAUCGUCCUCCAGUCGUUCUGCAAGUGCAGCCUCCUUCUGCGGCUAUGGUUCUUCAGGAUUACUUGGAAACAAGAAGAAGCCAAUCUAUGAAUAAUAAUACUACUAAAAGUGAAGACGUCUUAACAAACUUUUUCCUAUCCAUGGAUGAAACGGUAAAUGGAUUUCCGCCAAUGAAUCAACUUCAGAUUAAAUCCAAACUGUUUGAAAUGGUAAGUGCCGUAGAAUUGAAGAUGCUCUCAAGCGAAGCAAAUGCAGGCACCUUACAAAACUCGCUGCCUGUUGUCUCUCCGCAGAGUUUCAAGUCAGUUUCGUCUGCAUCAGCUUCAGCUGUUCCCUUCAAAACUACAGGUCAACCCCUAAAUAGCGAAGGCAUUUCUCAGGAGAAUACUUAUCAGCCCAACUACUAUGAUUAUCAUAACGGUUAUAAUUAAAAUGUUAAUAUUUUUUCUUUGCAAUUUUUGUAUAUAAAAAAAUUAAAAUUAAAUAAACUUACCGUAAGUCACUGCGAGUCGUUCUUUAGCUCCAAUAGCCCUUCUGAAUGUUGUAUUGUUUCUAUUUAAUUGAUGCCUUAGAAUAUCAAGAAGAGUUUUAAAUUUCUCAUGACUCAUUCGAAAAUACUGAAAAAAUUUCACUUCGUCCUCAACCAGAUCGGG